GGGCAAGCUGCGUCUUUCAGUUCCAGUCGCUUGUUGUCGCUUUGACGUUCUCGUUCUGUGACCGUGCGCCUUCCUUCGCAGUGUUGAAAAAAUAUUGAAAAAAAACACACACAAGAUAACAGCCGAAAAGGCAUACCGAAAAUCUCAUUAACAAAAAAAAAACAAAAUCUAAAUUUUAGGCGUGUGUUUCAUAUUAUUUAAUAAAAUAAAUAUGCAGUAUCUCUAUGUGAUUAGCGCGCUAAUUUUGGCAAUUGCCGUGCAGCAAGGCGUUGCCAUCAAGUGCUUCGUGUGCAACAGCCAUAAAGACGCCAACUGUGCGCUGGACAUACCACCAGACAAUUUGCUGAAGGACUGCCAGGAGGAUUACUCAUCGCGUGAUCGUGGCAUACCCACCUACUGUCGCAAGAUCACGCAGAUCAUUGAGUUCUCUGUGAACAGCCUGCCUCCAGAUAGCCGUGUGAUACGCACUUGCGGUUUCCAGAAUCAAACAUCGACCAACUAUUGCUAUCAGCGUGCCGGUUUUGGUGGCCGUCAGGUCGUCUGCUCCUGUGAUACGGACAACUGCAAUGGUGCCGUCUCACUGAGCGGCAUCUCUGGCCUGGGUCUGUUGGCCACCGUCGGCUUGAUCCUGGGCGCCUGCAAGUGGUUGCAGCGUUAAGCCGUUUCCCUUUAGCCAUUGUUUUUCUUUCUCUUUAUUAUCAUUUUGUUUUCAAACCAAACCCAUUGAGUUCUGUCUCAGCUAUAAUCAUCCAAAAUGAAAAAACCACGCCCAGCUGCUUCAGAUUCGGCUUCGCUCCGAAAAUAAAUAUAUUUUAUUUAUUUACCUCUCAAUGUCCUAUGGCAAAAGCUUUAU